AUGCCUAGCUACUCCAGGCCUGCCGCCAUGGAACCAGGGGGACAACACAUCGCUGAACAAACCAUCCCCUCUGGAAACCCCGUCGCCGCUAGAAAAUCAGUCACCGCCGCACAACGCGACAUCUCAGCAAAGGGCGCCAAAUCAAUCGAUCAAUCCGAUUCCGAGCGCUCGAGUAGGCGGGUGACUUUUGCCGUGCAUCAGCCGGCACGGGCAACUUACUCGAAUCGACUGGCGUUGAUCGCCAACACCUAUCAAGUUUCAACUUCCACAGCCCGCGCCAUCCAAGCUUUCGCCAUCAUCAUCAGCCUGGUGCUAGGACAAUCGAUAACUGGCACUACCAAACAGCCAACACGGAAAACCUACGGUGUCACCAUUUGA